UCGUUAUAUCACGGCGAAGUAACGAGUUUCUCGAUACGAGUACCUGGCAACACAGAGCGUCCUCAGUGACUGUCAAUAAUUUGUGUGUGAAAGUGUCAAUAAAGUCAUGGAUCAUCAAUGUAAUCCUGGUCAAUGACAAACGUCGAAAAUAUGGAGGCGACAGAGGACCUCGCCGAAAAUGUCACACUCUCACUGUCCGAGGAAACUCCAGAGGAAAAUGAAACUAAUGGCUAUUCAAAUACUGGGGACGUCACUGCACCGGAGAAGGAGGACGAUGUGGAGAAAGAAAUUGACUGGGAAGUUGUUAGACAUAUCGUAGGGAAAAGAGUUACAGUUGAUCUAAGUGAACAUUUACUGAAGGAAUUUCCUAAGACCAUUCUAAGUAUGGAAAACAUUACAACCCUUUGCCUUGCUAACAAUAGAAUAACAGAGAUUCCUAAAGACAUAGCAAACCUUUCUAACUUACAAGAAUUGGUUCUGUCUCAUAACAAACUAUCAGCACUUAGCCGAGGCAUCUAUCUUUUGCAUGGACUGAGAUUUCUAGACGUUUCCAACAAUGAAAUAUCCGAGAUUUUAUCCGAGAUUUCUGGUCUUGAGCAACUGCGAGAGUUUGUGGCAAGCGACAAUAGGCUCAGUACAAUACCUCCCCAAAUCAGGGACCUCCCAGAACUCACACAUCUUAUUCUGAACGACAAUCAAAUCACCAGUCUCCCGGACGCCAUUGGAACACUUACUACUUUGCAGGUGCUCGGUUUGGAGAGAAACGCACUGGAAUACUUGAAUCCGGAAAUUUGCAAAAUAGAAAACCUCAAACGGUUAGGUCUGGCUGGAAACUGCAUGAGGAACUUGCCGCGAGAAAUUGAAAAUUUCUCUUGCAUAGAAGAGUUGUUGCUGGAUGACAACGAAUUUGAGUUUAUACCUGUUCAGGUGUUUUGGAUGGAAACACUUCAGAUGUUAACCAUGUCGGGCAAUCAUCUUACGUCAAUUCAGCCUGAUGUUGGAAGAUUGAGUCAACUAAGUGUCAUAGGCCUAAACAAUAAUUUAAUCGAGGAAAUUCCCGAUGAAUUAUUUCAAUUAGAGGUACUGGAAGUCGUUGGUUUGGAAAAUAACAAAAUCAAAGUGAUCCCAGACAAUAUAGCCAAUCUGUACGGACUCCGAGAACUCUAUCUUGGGCGAAAUCUAAUUGAACAUGUUCCAGAAAACCUUUGUUGGUGUUCAAAUUUAGAAGUGCUCAGUCUGUUAAACAAUAACAUUUCAGAGCUUCCAGUCGAGAUUGAAAAUCUCCGGCGUGUUCACACUCUUGUUCUCUCAAAUAACCAAUUUGAGAGUCUUCCGGAGGCCAUCGGCUCCAUCCGUGAUCUGGAGAUAUGUUCCGUCGAUGGAAACAAAUUAUCAGCAGUUCCAGUUGACUUCGGAGAUCUUAAAAGACUCCGACAGGUCAACUUGAGUAGGAAUAAAUUUGCAACUUUCCCACUACCAAUUUGCAAUUUGAAAACUCUAGAAAGUUUGAAUUUGAGCCACAAUGAAAUAGAAUCAGUCCCUUCUGAAAUCGCUUGUCUAGACAGGCUUACAACCUUGUACCUAAACAACAACAAAAUCAACGUUUUUUCACCCGAACUUUGCAGUCUCGUUCAGUUACACGUUUUAGAUUUUUCAAACAAUAUAAUCGAGGACAUUCCAGAAGCUAUUUCCCAAAUGGAGAACCUGUUGGAUUUGGAUCUGUCGCAUAACCGCUUCCUGGAAUUUCCGAAGACAGUGGUGGGAAUUCCGCACUUGGAACGUCUGAAAUUUGAUCAAGCCGAAGGACACCCCGUUCCAUCACUUUCUGAUGCUAUUGAAUUUUCUAACAUUUCAUACUUAAUCGUCUCAAAUAAUACGCUUCGAACACUACCACCAACAAUGAAUCACAUGAAAAAUAUUAUCUCGGUUGUGGCUGAUCACAAUGAAAUCGGCGAGUUACCAGACUCCUUUUGUCAAGUGGUGAAAUUACAAGUUUUACAUCUCAAUGACAACAAACUCUCUUCUUUACCCAAAAAUUUCGACCACCUAAGAAAUCUGAAGGACUUGCGUCUACACAACAAUCCUCUUCGAACGCCACCAAUGGACGUUUGUGUGAGUGGAGUUGUGCAGCCCAUUGGUCGCUUCAUUCGAAGGGCGCUAGAAAGAGAAGACAUCUUGAUGACCAAUAUGUUUGAUAUCAUCAAAACUUCACUGACGAAACAGGAGCUACGAUAUCUUCUGAAAAAGUUUCGAUUUCCGGAUGAAAAAAUUGCUGAACUGGAACAAACUUAUCAUGGCAAGGACAAACUCCAAGACCGUACCUAUCACGCAAUGUUAUUUUGGCGGGAAUUUAAAGGUCCAUUGGCGACCAUUGACGAACUUCUCCGUGUUUUUCACUUAAUUGGCUACGAGCCCCUCUGUCAGAAACUAAAAGCAAUGAAAAUAUAUGCACAACGACCGCGCUUUUGACGCGAUGCUCCUUUCAGUACAAGCAAAAUCGGGUAUUACACAAAUUAGAGAUGAACGAGACGCAAAUUGUAUAUAUUUAGCACAACACUAGCCAAGUAGUAGCAAUAUGAACAAACUAGAGAUAUUCACAGGUACCUGUAUGCUUUAGUGACAUCUAGCUUUACCUAGAGAUUGUUACCUCUUUGUAAUAAUAUAUACAUAUUCAGGUUAUUAUUUUUGUUAUCAAAGAGUUAUUUUCAUUAUAUCAUGAUAUGUACCUUUUUAUAUAUUUAUAUAAUAAAUGUUAUUAUUCAUUAUUCUCA